AUGUUAAUACAAUUUCAAAAAUUCAAAGACUUAUACGACGCUUUAUCUGAAUUACUUGAGGAUAAAGAAAAAAGAGAAGCCUCUGUUCAUUCUUUAUUUGAAUCAACACUUGAAGCCAUCUUGAAAACAGAUACAACUGAUUUCGAUAGUUUUUUAAUAAAAGCAACUGCUCUAACAGAUUAUUGUAAUGAGGCUAUAUUAAUAUACCAUUUCAAAGAUGUUCCUAUAUACUGGAGACGGAUGGUAAUGGAUGCUGGUUUACUUAAAGUAUUGAUUCAACUUAAAUCCAUUUUGAAUAAUGCAAAUAAAGCAUUUGAUUUUAAAAUGUUGGAGCCUCAAGUACAAAGCAUUAUAAGCGAUUUAGAUACAUGCUCAAUUGUAAGUGGAUCACCUGGACCUCAACGCCGAUCAAUGGCCCUUUCUAUUCUAAAUGAACUUCAAGCUUGGCUUACAAAUGGACGAUAUGAGGAUACAGCUCCUGUAUUUAAGAAAAGUAAAAAAAUGAAUUCUAAUAAGGAAUCGAGUACUGUAGAAUUAAACUAUCCGAUUAAACGUCUUGAUGAGCCUCCAAGUUUUGAAUCUUUCCUUGAACACUGUAAUCAAGAUGUACCAACACCUUUUAUUAUUCCUAGUGGAGUCAUUGACCAUUGGCCAGCUUUUAAUGAACAUCCUUGGGGGUCAGUAGAAUAUCUAUUAUCCAUUGCUGCAGAUAGAGUAGUUCCUAUUGAAAUUGGUAGUCAAUAUACAGAUUCAAACUGGCAACAAACGAUGAUGCGUUUCUCAGAUUUUGUGAAUAGACAUAUUCUGAAACAAGAAAAGGAAAAGGUGCCAGCUUAUUUAGCACAACAUGAUCUAUUUUAUCAAAUACCAAGCUUAGAGAAGGAUAUUCUUAUACCCGAUUAUUGUUAUAUUAAACCCAACUUGAACGAAUUAUAUCUCUCUCAUGCAGAAGACGUGAUUAAGAAUGCAUGGUUUGGGCCUAAAGGUACUAUUUCACCUUUACAUCAAGAUCCUUAUCAUAAUUUACUUUGUCAAGUGGUUGGAAGUAAAUAUUUGAGAUUAAUUUCACCUCAACAAACAUCACUUGUUUAUCCAAGAGAGGGUUUAAUGACAAAUACCAGUCAGGUUGAUGUUGAAGAUGUUAAUGAGGAACAAUUCCCACUUUUCAAAGAAGUUAAUUAUGUUGAAUGUGUAUUAAAAGAAGGCGAAGUAUUGUAUAUACCGCCAAAAUGGUGGCAUUUUGUAAAAUCAUUAGAAACAAGUUUUAGCGUAAGUUUAUGGUUUUAA